AUGAUGGAAAAUCGUAAUGGCCGCGAUCGGAACAACAACAACCUAGCAACUGUCCUACCGAAUGGAACGAUCCUCCGUAAGCUGAAGACGAAAUAUAACGGCGAGUGUCUGCUGUGCUGGAAGGAAGCUCGCAGUCCCAAAUGUCUGUGCCCUAAGUGCUCCAAGCAGUACUGCUUUCAGUGCAUACGUAAGUGGCUGACAGAUAAUAAAAUCAAAUCCUGCGAGUGCCCAAACUGCAAGUGCCGAUUGCCAAUCGACGAUCUUGUCCGUUGUGCUACCGAUCUUCUGGUGAACGGAAGUGGUUCGGAAACCACCGCUGCGGAGAACUGUGAGAAACUGUAUCGCACGAACGGAAUCGAAUCCGGCUCCAUAAGACUUGUGGUGAAAGUGAUCGAAAAUGAUUCUCUGGGUGAUCGGUUAGUAAACGGAAACACCGAUCAAAUGGUUAAUGGUGCGAUACCGGGUAAAAUGCUCGCCAUUAACGGGCGCCAAACAAACAAGAAAUCCAAGGAACCAAAAGCAAAACAAAACCAUAAUCUAAACCAAUCAAAGCACAAUGUAAAGAAUGAUACAACUAGCAUUAAAUCAAAUAUUUUAAGCAAUGGUACUGUGAAUGCCGAUGAAGCGGCAGAGAAAAAAAUCUCCAAUGGUUUUAUCGAAAAUGAACAAAUCAGAAAGGAUGUCAACCAGCGUGUCAAAAAUGGUUAUAAGAAGCCCAUUUUGGCUGCUCCAACGACUGAAACAACCGUACCGGAACCGGUAACACAAAUCGAAACUAAACCUAGCGCUAAUGAAUUAAGUCCCGCACGCCGCACUGCUCUGCUACCGCUAGUCAAGGAUCAGGACAGCUGCCAAAGCUUUUGUAUGCUACAUUCACUGCCACUUCUUUUGUUUUGCUUGUCCUGCAAUCGCUGCAUCUGUGAGACCUGUGCUUUCCGGGAUGAAUCACACACCGCGCACAAUUUCCAGCAAAUUACCACAAUUUAUGAUGUCAAAUUGGAAAGGAUUCGCCAAGAGCUUGCAGCAGUCACAGCCUAUCUGGAACGAAACGGAAAGGUGAUUCAAAGUGUCGAACGUAACAUCGAAUGGGUAAAAACAGCGAAGGCUCGUAAGCUGCAGGAGCUCAGCCGGCUACUGCACAGCGAAGCUGAAUGUAUUGAGCGGCAAAUUAAUAGAAAGUUGACACUGCUGCAAGAUCAGAAGGAUGCCGUAGCUAAUGAAAUUUUUCGAGUGACUUCUGCUUACAACAAGCUAGAAACCGAACUGAAAGCCUGCUCAAAGGCAGAAUUAUUAACCAAAGAUAGCGAAUUUCUUAGAAGAUGUAGCCUGCUGGUGGAGAAUACCGAUGGUCCAUUCGGUCACCAGGCUGUGCCGACUGAUUUGGAAUGCGACUUCAUUCCUGAGUUUCGAUCCGAAGUCUUCAUCGUGAAAGAUUACCGAGCAAUCGAACCGAUCGAAGAAUGUCGAACGUCGGACGUUCUCUACGACGUGGUCGGUUUCGGUUGGCGGUUGCACGCGUGGAAAAGCGAUCACCUAUCGGUCACUUUGAUGAUGACCGAAGGUGUCACUGGAAGAUACGAAUACUGCAUCGAGCUGUUGCACGAAACGGACCCCAGCAAAUCGAUCAAGCUCACCCAGAUCGAUCAUUUCGAGUGGCACCAGACCGGACCGGUGCACGAUCUGAUCGAAAACGAGCGGCUAGUCAGCGAGGGCUUUCUGAGCGCCGGCAACGACACGCUCAAGAUAAAGUUUUCCGUCCGACCGCCGACGAUAGUGAUGAAGAGUCGCUAUCAGCAGGAGUACAUCGACCGUACGCGAAAGGAUAAUGUUAAUGAAUACGACAGCAACGUGAUCACGAUCUGCAACAUACGUGACCCGACGACGUCCAUCGUUCUCUCCAAGCAGUACACGGACACGGUGGGAUCUCGGUGGCGCUUGAAUGUGUACCCCAAGGGCAACAACACCAGCUACCGCUAUCUGAGCACCUAUGUGGAACUGUGUGACGGUAUCGCAGGAAGGUACCAAUAUACGGUAGAACUAUUGCAUGAGGACCCACAUCGGCAGGUUAAGUUUCAAUCGGAGGAUCACUUUCGCGUUGGUGAAAUCCGAGGUUAUCAGAAGUUCAUUCGGGUCAAACGGGUCCUGGAGGAAGGCUAUCUGAACGAGGAUGGUUCCAUCUACAUUCGGCUAUCGAUCAGACCGGCAACGUUGGCGCUGCGUUGUCAGUAUCAGGAGGAAUAUCAAACGCUUAAGGAGGAGAAGAUACUGUUUCAAUUCAACAGCCAGCUGAGCCAGCAUCUGACGCGAAUUCGAAACCUGCGCGAAGAAAAUGGCGCCCUGCAGAGCAUAGCCUAUCCGGAGUAUAAUUCGAACAUCUUUGUGAUGAGAAAUUUUUCCGGAUUGAGACAAACCAAUGAGGACAUUUGCUCGGAUAACAGUUACGAUGAUUUGGGGUGCUGUUGGCGGUUGAUAGUGUUUGCUAACGGGGACAAGGAUGCACGGGAUGAGUGGUUGAGCGUGUACUUACGUUUGCUUGAGGGGAUUCCGGGAAGCUAUGAUUACUGCGUCGAACUGUUGCACAACGAUGAGACGAAGACGGUUAAGAUGGAGGGUACGGAGACGUUCGAGAUUCAGGAACGCUUCGGCUGGGCCCGCUUCGCCCGGCUGGACAUGAUCUGUGCGAACGGGUUCGUCAACGAGGAACACGAUGCGCUGUAUUUUCGUUUUUCGCUGCGGCCACCGAACUACAAGGCCAAGUGCGAGUAUCAGCAGCUGGUGCGGUUGGACGUCAAACGGGAAAACGAGCUGCUGAAACGCGAACUGAUCCCGGAGUUCAACACCAUCACCUACACGAUGAGGAACUUUUCCGAGCUCCAGCAGAAGGAUGGUUUCGUCUAUUCGGACCCGCUUUGUGACGAUCUGGGUUUCACCUGGCGUCUGCUGAUCUACGCCAACGGGCACAAUGAAGGCAGAGCAAAUCACCUGAGUGUCUACUUAAUUCUGUUCGAAGGCGUUUCCGGCAGCCGGUUCGAGUACCGCGUGGAGCUGCUGCACCAGAACCCGACGGCCAACAUCAAGAUGGAAGGUGUUAAUGUGUUCAAAUUGAAGAAAAUCUGGGGCUGGCCGCAGUACAUCCACCACGAGCGGCUACGGGAGGAAGGAUAUCUGAGCGAGAGCGAUUCGCUCGAGUUCCGGCUGUCGAUUUGUCCGCCGGACAUUAAGCUGAAGUGCGAAUAUCAGCAGGAGUUUAUUAGAAAGCUUAAGGAAAACCAAAAGUAG